AUGUCGCCAACUAAUUCUAACCCGAUCAGCCUCACAGCCCUAGCAGCGGCGGCAACGUUCUUUGCCGCCCUUCUCCUGGUUCCGACGGAGGCCUCCGUCCGCACCACCGUGAUCAUCGACCACGCGGCGGCCGGAAACUGGUGGGGGAUGCUAGGCGAUUGCCAGCAGUACGUGGUGAACGAAGCGGUGCGCGACGGCGGCGGCAGCAACGGCUAUCUGCCGUCAGGGGGAAGGCCCCGCGAGAUGUACUUGGAGAUGUGCUGCCGUCAGUUGAAAGAGAUGUCGACGGCCACCGACGACGCUUACUGCGUGGGUAUUGAGAAGUCGAUGCGGGAGCUGAUGGAGCAGCCACGGACGCAGUUGAUAAUGCGGGAGGAAGACGUGGAGAGCGCGUGGGAGAUCGCCGGAGAGCUGCCCGGGAAGUGCGGCGCUUCCGUCUCCCGCUGCCAUUUCAACCGUCCGGCAUGGUUUUGA